AAUUCUUAAAAAAAAAAAACAAAGAAAGAAAAAGAAUAAGAAUUGACUAUAAAUAAACAACGGCACGACAAACCACAGGUUUAAGCCUUUUUCUCUCUCUUCUUUCUCUCUCCUCCAAAAUCCCACCACUCUCAGAAAAAUACUCCUUUUUACCCCAAAAAAAAAAAAUCAAAUAUUUUCACCAAUUUAUUGGGUUCUUUUUCAUUUGAGCAAGAGAGAGAAACAGGAGAAAACAAGUUUAAACCAAAAAAAAUUAAGCUUGAGGUUCGAGAUCUUUCUCAGAUCCGAGCUCCAAAGCUGUAAUGGGAAGAGAGGUUACAGGUGUACGCAUAGAGCAAAAUAAGUCCUCUUUUGCCAAGGUAAAGCCAAAAGUCUCUGUUGAUUCAGAUCAGGAGGCAAAUCCUAAAGCACCUGAAGGAAACAUUGAACUAAAGGAUUGUGAAGUGAAGGAAUGCACCUCAGAGGUCCCACGUGCUGAAAACAGCUGUGAAAAUCAAGAGGUUUUGGCCAUCAAGAGCAUCAAUUUCGAUACUGAAAAGCUUGAUAUCAAGUCUCCUAUAGCUGAGGAUCAGAAGAUGAGCUCCCCCGAUAAAGCCACAUCUGGAACAACAGCUGCUGGAAACUUAAAGAUGAACACUCCUCAGAAACCUACUAAUGUUAGAGUUGACAAACAAGUGUGGGAGAGUCCUAAAGCAGCUGAAACUCCUGUUUCUCCAUCGCCAAGCAAUCCAAAGUCUCCUAGCUCUUCCCGAAAAUCACAGCCGACUACCCCAUUUGUAGCAAGGAGGUCUUUUGCAGAUGACGAUGACAAUUGGUCUGUGGCAUCUUCAGCACGGACUACAAGAUCCAGAACUACUGUCGGUGUAGCUCCUACAUUCACCUGUACUGAUCGUUUGGAGAAACGAAAAGAGUACUAUGCAAAACUGGAGGAGAAACGCAAAGCUUUAGAAGCAGAGAAACGAGAGUAUGAAGCUAGGACUAAGGAGGAUGAAGAAGCAGCUAUAAAGCAACUUAGGAAGAACAUGAUGUUCAGGGCUAAUCCAGUUCCCAAUUUCUACUAUGAGAAGCCUCCACCUAAGAAAGAGCUUAAGAAGCUUCCUACAACUCGUGCUGUGUCACCUAAAUUUGGACGCCGAAAGAGCUGCAGUGAUGCAAUCAGCUCCCCAUCUGAGGAUAAGAAUAAUGUACGAGCAUCAAGGCGCAGCCUAGGAAACCUGAGAGAAAGCUCUUCCCCAAAUAACUCUACUCCUAAGAAGAAGGAUCCGCUAGUUAAGAGUCGGUUGAAGCAAGUGAAGGAGACCACCAAAAACACUCCUGCUAAAAUUACAGAGAAGAACAGCCCGGAUAUUGCUGUUCAUUCUUAAUGAUCAGUAGGCUUACUUGUGGUAUCGUGUGGGUCGAGAUUUUGGAAUUUCUUGGCUUUUUAGCGUUUUUAUUCCUUUUUUUUGCUCUUUUCCUGAAGAAUAGGUACCGGAAAGGGAAAGAUGGAAAAGAAAACACCUUCACCAGGGAAAAGAAAUUCCUUUCCUUUUCUCUCAACCUUGAUUAUUUUUCAACUGACUUGUUUCCCGUGUUUCUUUUUUCUUGUGUGACAUGUGUUGUAUAUCUCUGUAACUUAUAUUAGUACAUAAUGUAUACCAUUAAAAAGUCAUUAAGUCCUUGUAUUUUUCACUUGUUUGAUUGUGGGAUUAAUGGGGAUGUGAUCUAACUAUCUGUUAACACAGAAUUAUUGUUUUGGUAUGCCUUUUUUGCCUUGUACUUUCAUGUUCUGCAUUAA